ACCAUGACGCCAAGCUCAGACGUGCUACAGUUCCGGUUCACGGACCAUGGUGACACGGUUCUGGAGAGGAUGAACAUGUUGCGGGAGCACCGUCGGUUUUGCGACGUCACUCUCGUCCUUGGCGGGUUCCGUUUCACGGGACACAGAGUGGUCCUGGCAGCUUCCUCCGCUUUUCUGCGAGACCAGUUCCUGUUGCACGAGGCCCGUGAGAUCCAAGUGUCGGUCCUGCCCAGUGCUGAGGUCGGCAAGCGCCUGCUCCUAUCCUGCUACACUGGAGUCCUGGAGUUUCCCCUGAGGGAACUGGUCACCUACUUGACUGCUGCCAGCGCAUUGCAGAUGAGCCAUGUGGUAGAAAGGUGUGUGCAGGCUGUCUCGCAGUACUUGGACCCCACGCUGGCACAACUCAAGGUAGAACAGAGUCCAGACCCCUCUCCACUGAAAGACAGGGGGGACCCUAAUGCUGAAUGCCUCAGAGAACAGGACCCACAGGUGCCAGCAGGAGGGGAUUUUGAUCAGGAGUCAGAGGAUAGUGUUCAGAUCAUCCACACAGAUGCCGGAAUCGCUCUUAUGCCUAAGUCCAAGCAGCCACGACCAAGAGAAGACAGGAAGGGCUCUCCAGCAGGAAGUCCUGCAGGAGCAGGAGUGGCAGACAGCUCACAGGACCAAGAGUUUGCAGGUGGAGAAGCCUACAUGCGAGCAGCUCAGCGACUCCAGCUGGGGCAAGGCGGCUCCCCUGAGCCCCGUGACGGCAGCGGGGUGUCAGAGGGCACGCUCCUGGAGCAUGACACCCCGCUCCAGAGGUCCUACUUCUGCAGGAAAUGCGACCGUGUGUUCCAGCACCUGGAGAACUACGUGGGGCACCUGAAGGAGCACAAGCUCUACCUGUGCCUGCUGUGUGGGAAGAGCUUCUCACAGAAGAGCAACCUGACACGGCACAUUCGCGUGCACACUGGCAUAAAGCCCUUCCAGUGCCCACUCUGCCACAAGACCUUCUCCCAGAAAGCCACACUGCAGGACCACCUCAACCUGCAUACGGGCAACAAGCCACACAAGUGCAACUACUGCGCCAUGCACUUUGCGCACAAGCCUGGCCUGCGGCGCCACCUAAAGGACAUUCAUGGCAAGAGCAGCCUGGAGAACAUGUUUGAAGAGGUGUGAGGGGCCACACAGGCACACCCAGGAGCUGUAGCCCCUGUGCGCCAUGCUAUAGGAAGAGCAGACAGUGGGGACAGUGAGGACAGAGACAUGUGAGGAGGGGAUACUAUCACUGCUGUGUGCAUCUGUGCAGUACUACACUGUAGUUAGUAACAGAACCAUUAAGAUAAUGACCAGGUGUCAUGCAGUGACUGCUAUUCUAAUGAUCAUAUGACCUGGGUUUGUUUGUUGUAUAUCGUAGUGUAGAGCAGUGUGCUGGUCUUGUCAGAAACUUGCUGUUUUCCAGCCUUCAUGAAUAAGAGAUGUACCAGGCAGAAGGGACUCUGUGCUCACAUGGAUUUGGCCUUUUAAGCAUAUUUUAGUACAGUACCUAAAUACUGUUUCAGGAGCCGCAUUGUGGAGUUCAUAUGCAGGUGUGCUGCUUAAGAUGAGGCUAAUUGUCUGCAUGGUGAAGAAAAUGUUGGGUGUAAAAUUAGGUAAACACCUAGCACUGAAACAACAUAGGGCCAUAUGAUCUGUACAGAUCAAUUAUUUACUGCAAGCUUAAAGCAUAAUAUUCCUAUUUAUUUCCCAAAGCUCAUUGACCUCUCUGGUAGUGAAGGCAUAUUUUUCAUAUCACAUUCAUAUUUCUCAUAUGCUUGUUUAAUUGAAACUCCAUUGAACCUUGUCUACAUUUUAAAUCAUCUCUUAAGGUGAAAAGGUUUAUAUAUGUAUGUUUAGGUGUUUAAUUUAGCGUAUGUGGAGUUGUUUACUGUUGUCUCAGUAAAAACAGCAUUUAUUUAACUUAAGGAUUUUUAACCUCCCAGACUAAAAGUAGCAUCCGAAGAGCCCAGGGGAAAAUCCAGUAAAUUGUUUUAAUCAAUUAAAAAGCUUAAAUAUUGACUGAGUCUUAGUCACAGAACAAUUUAAGCACAUGACAGAAGAAACUGGCCUUAAUAUGAUUCAUUUUCAGUAAUGGACCCUUUUCCCCCAAUGUGCCAGCACUUUAUAUUUUAUCACGAUUUUGUCUGUGAUUGAUGAUAUAA